AUGUGCUUCUCCAGCCAUGCAGACCGCAGGAAACCCUUUGAUGCGGUGGUGGUUGGGAGUGGCGCGGCGGGCAUUGCGACGGUGGGCAAGAUGCUCGAUGUCCAGAAGUCGGCGCAGGUACUUUGGGUCGACCCGGAUUUCCGGGGAGGCAGAGUUGGCCAGAAGUACGGGGACGUGUCUAGCAACACCAAAGUGUCGCUAUUUCUGGCGUAUGCCUAUGCAUUGGAGUCGUUUCGCGAGGUCAUCCGCUCCACACCGCCGCCUAAUGCGAUUACCGCUCUGGAAGAACUAGACGCCGACGCCGGCUGUCGCCUUCACUAUGCUUCAGACAUGUUGCUGAUGCUGACAGAAGGGCUGAAACGCCAUCCCAAUGUCAAGACUGUCGUCGGGGAGGUGUUGUCAGCCACUCUUCAAAACGAAGCUUCAUUGUGGUCUGUGACGGCGAAAGAGACGGAAUCGCAAGCACCCACCACCUUCCAGUCGCGAGCUUUGAUCUUAUGUACCGGGUCGGCACCUGCCACCGAAAAUCCUUCUCUUCCGGCCGGGCUGACAUUGAAACACAUCCACCUCGAUGACGCCCUUUCGCGAGAUGGUCUUCGACGGGAACUACCGUCUGACGAAGGUGUGACGAUAGGCGUGGUCGGGUCUUCUCACAGCGCGAUCGUGGUGCUCAUGAACCUGUACGAGCUGGCCACCACGAGCCACCCGCGCCUUCGGAUCAAAUGGUUCACCCGUCGCACGCUGGUCUAUGCUGAAUACAUGGACGGCUGGAUCCUGCGCGACAACACCGGGCUCAAAGGCGCUUCGGCCGACUUCGCCCGUGCACAUCUCGAAGACGAGGCUUUGAAGACCUCGCCUGUCGCCCGCUACCUCGAGAAGGUCGACUGCUCUGGGAACGACGCGGACGUGUACCAGACACAGCUUCCCAAAUGCUCGCACUUGGUCCAGGCGAUUGGAUAUAAUCGCAACCCUCUCCCGUCGCUGUUCGUCGACGAUCGACCUCUGGAGAAGCUAGCGUAUGACGGAUCGACGGGCUCGUUUCAGAAUGAGCAGGGCCAGUAUGUGCCAGGUCUGCAUGGCGCUGGUAUUGCUUUUCCGGAAAAGGUCGUCGAUCCGGCUGGUAAUGUCGAGCAUGCCGUCGGUAUGUGGAAGUUUAUGAAGUACUUGGAGAAAGUUGUCCCGCUUUGGGAGGUUGGUAAGCAGGCGUGA